GCUUCUUGUUGUGGAUUUCCAGACCUACUUGUCAAUCCGCCAUGUGGGGGAAAACCUACUCCAUGUCAACACGCCCUUGCGGUGUAGCUUCUUGUUGUCCCCACUGACGCCCGGCGCCGUGGACGGAUUCGUCACCUCGAGCACCCAGCUCGCUGUUUGCUCACGGCUCGUCGUCACGGCCUAUUUAUGGAUCCGCCGCCCGCCACCGGCCGCCGGCAGAACUGCCUUGACUAUUAGACUAGGAAGAAAAUGGGGUGGAAGGGCAUCAUGGGCUUCGACUACGGCGUCGUGCAGGCACCGCUCGGCCCCGACAUCUCCGGCCCGGAGCUCGCCGCCGCCGUCGCCAACGCUGGCGCCAUAGGCCUCCUCCGCCUUCCCGACUGGCCGGCGCCGGAUCACGUGAGGGAGCUGAUACGGAGGACCAGGAGCCUGACCGAGAAGCCGUUCGGGGCGGCCAUCGUGCUGGCCUUCCCGCACGAGGAGAAUCUGAGGGUUGUGCUGGAGGAGAGGCUCGCCGUGCUGCAGGUGUACUGGGGCGAGUUCCCCAAGGAGCGGGUCGACGAGGCCCACCGUGCCGGCGUCAAGGUCUUGCAUCAGGUUGGUGACCUUGAGGAGGCGGCAAAAGCUAAGGAAGCUGGUGUUGAUGGAAUUAUCAUUCAAGGCCGUGAAGCAGGGGGGCAUGUGAUCGGUCAAGAGGGUCUGCUACCGUUGCUGCCGAGAGUAGUGGAUCUAGUUUCGGAUAGUACUGUUUUGGUUAUCGCCGCUGGUGGAAUCGUAGAUGGCCGUGGCUACGCUGCUGCAUUGGCACUUGGUGCUCAUGGUGUUUGCUUAGGAACUAGGUUUGUAGCCACCGAGGAAAGCUUUGCGCAUCCGCUGUAUAAGAAGAAGCUAAUUGAGAUGAAUUGCACGGACUAUACAAAUGUGUUCGGGCGUGCUAGAUGGCCUGGUGCUCCACAACGUGUCCUAAAGACACCUUUCUAUGUUGAGUGGAAGAAUCUUCCAGAUCAUGAAACAGAGGAAAAUCAGCCUAUUAUAGGCCAUUCUAUCAUCCAUGGUGUGCACAAGGAUAUACGUCGAUUUGCUGGUACUGUUCCUAAUGCGACAACAACAGGCGAUAUCCAUAGCAUGGCUAUGUAUGCUGGCCAGGGUGUUGGGCUAAUCACGGAGAUUGUACCAGCAAGGGAAGUUGUCGAGAGGCUAGUUACCCAAGCACAGCACGUCAUUGGAGAAAAGCUUUCUGGUUUCCCCAAAUCAUCAGAUUAGUGCUGGUGAAGUCCUUGGUAAUCAAACUGUGAAGGUACCUAAUAAUGUACGCUGUGUGGCAUUUGUAUGCCAUAGCCAAUCAAAAUAAAUGAGUUUUCCAAGGUAUCCCUUUUUGGACCACAGUUUUGUACUUGUAUGUGCUGUUUGUAAGUAUAUUCAGUAACAGUAAAUGAUAAAUCGUUCAAUACAAUGAGGCUGACAAGUGGAGCAUAUUUUCUUUA